AUGGUGAUCCGCGUGUAUAUUGCAUCUUCUUCUGGCUCUACGGCGAUUAAGAAGAAACAGCAAGAUGUGCUUGGUUUCUUAGAAGCCAACAAAAUAGGAUUUGAAGAAAAAGAUAUUGCAGCCAAUGAAGAGAAUCGGAAGUGGAUGAGAGAAAAUGUACCUGAAAACAGUCGACCAGCCACAGGGUAUCCCUUGCCACCUCAGAUUUUCAAUGAAAGCCAGUACCGUGGGGACUAUGAUGCUUUUUUUGAAGCCCGAGAAAAUAAUGCAGUAUAUGCCUUUUUAGGCUUGACAGCACCACCUGGUUCAAAGGAAGCAGAAGCCCAGGCAAAGCAGCAAGCCUGAACCUUAUGCAUUCUGACUUAAGCAUUCUGCCUUAAGCGUCUUGAAAAUUGAGUCCCUAUUGCUUUUAUAAGUUUUCAAAUAGCAAAAUUAUCUUGAUUUCAAAAGAAAUUGCUUAAAGUUAAAAUAAUUAAGUGGUGUUUUCAUGUAUCAUAAAAUG